AAUCCGGAUGUGAAUAUAGUGAAGGGGUGCCACUUGGCGGCCAUGGCCGCUGUAGUAUCUGUGGCUGCGGGUCAAAGCCCACCAGACUGGAGUAACAUGGGCAGCACCGGACAUAGGGCAGAGACAGCUUUGUAUCGGCUUCGCUGCUGAAUCCCUGAGACCCAUCGUUAGAGACUUGUAGGACUCGUUUCCUCUUUCUAGACUCGGAGGAGAGUUUGCCGGGACUGGUGGGCUGGUCCCAGCCUGUGGGGAUCACCAGCAGGGUGCCCCAGGGAGCUAGGGGCUCCGGGAGAACGAACAAGUUUGCUUGGGUGUUUCCUCCUUUUCCUGCUGCCACCUGAGACGUUGUCUGUGGAGGGAGUGGGCCCACUGUGCCAUCCUCAUUCCGACGAUUGAAGAAAUCGCGCUUUCGCGUAUUUCCCCCGUUGCUUUUUCUUUAACUGUUAACCCACCGGAAUCCAGUGACUGGCACUUGAAAACCCAGGGGCUAGGACCUAAGACUGCUGAAAGUUCUCUCUGGUGCUAAUAUCAGCAAAAGGGGUCUGUUUCCAGGUACGUUCAAGAGAAAGGUGCCUCGAACAUAUCUGGUGGGGAGGACGAAAGAACUGGAAAGUCCACUUGUUCUCUUGGAAUCACCCCACGCGUUUAAGAACCUAAGCAUCUUUGAAGACACUGAAAAUUUGUAGUCUGGUGGUGGUAGGUUAAUAAAGGAGGGCAGAAUGGAUGAUUUCAUCUCCAUUAGUUUGCUGUCUCUCGCUAUGUUGGUGGGAUGUUACGUGGCUGGAAUCAUUCCCUUGGCUGUUAAUUUCUCAGAGGAGCGACUAAAGCUGGUGACUGUUUUGGGUGCCGGCCUUCUCUGUGGAACUGCACUGGCGGUCAUCGUGCCUGAAGGAGUCCACGCACUUUAUGAAGAUAUUCUUGAGGGAAAACACCACCAAGCGAGUGAAACACAGAAUGUGAUUGCAUCGGACAAAGCAGCAGACGUACCAGUUGUCCACGAACACGAGCACAACCAUGACCACACCCAGCUGCAUGCCUACAUUGGUGUUUCUCUCGUACUGGGUUUCGUUUUCAUGUUGCUGGUGGACCAGAUUGGCAGCUCCCACGUGCAUUCUACUGAUGAUCCAGAAACAGCAAGGCCUACCAGUUCCAAAAUCACCACCACGCUGGGUCUGGUCGUCCAUGCUGCAGCUGACGGUGUUGCAUUGGGAGCGGCAGCUUCUACUUCACAGACUAGUGUCCAGUUAAUUGUGUUUGUGGCAAUAAUGCUACAUAAGGCACCAGCUGCUUUUGGGCUGGUUUCCUUCUUAAUGCAUGCUGGCCUAGAGCGGAACCGAAUCAGAAAGCACUUACUGGUCUUUGCACUGGCAGCACCAGUUAUGUCCAUGGUGACAUUCUUAGGAUUAAGUAAGAGCAGUAAAGAAGCCCUUUCAGAGGUCAAUGCCACUGGAGUGGCCAUGCUUUUCUCUGCUGGGACAUUUCUUUAUGUUGCCACAGUACAUGUCCUCCCUGAGGUGGGCGGAAUGGGGCACAGUCACAAACCCGACCCCACUGGAGCGAGAGGCUUCAGCCGCCUGGAGGUGGCAGCCCUGGUUCUGGGUUGCCUCAUCCCACUCAUCCUGUCAAUAGGACACCAGCAUUAAUGUUCAGGUUCCAGCCUCCGUCCAUGGCCAUUUGCCAUCCAGUGAGAACAGCCCGGCACAUGACAGCUGCUCAUUUCCUCAGUCUCUUGUCUCAUGUUGCCCAUCUCCACCUGUAUUCCUAGAGUCUGCAGGGAGGUGAGAUGAAAACCUGGAGUAACGGAAAGCUUUUAGAGUAGAAACAACACAUUGCGAUUGGAUAUAGACAUUCCGUUGUGUUGUCUUUUAAAGGGCCCUGGGCAUUUUGAGUUUUGAUGUUUCUCUUAACCCUAUUCUCAGGGAAGGUGGAAUUUGGUUUUAAGGAAAAGUGGAGAACUUCGUACUCAAAAUGAAAUAGUAAUUAUGACAGUACAGUGUUCUGUAAUUAAGGUAAAUCUCUUUCUUACUUUAGAGGCUCUGCCACUUUAUCCAUUGAUUUUUAACAUGGUUCUCACCGUGUAAGACUGGUGCUUUAGCAUCUAUGCCAUAUGCCUUGUUAGAAGGUCAUAAUGCCCGCCUCUUAGAUGCUAAAGAUAACUGUAGUUAAUUUGGGGCUAGUCAGGAAAAUGAUAACAAGAUACAUUGAAAGUUGACUUUAUACCCGAGAGAGAGAAAUACCCACUGAAAAGGGGACGUCUGGAGGACUGAGCACCUCCUUCUGCACGUAUCUCUGAACGGGGCCUGCCAGUCCACCAAAUGGAGCAACAGAGGUGAACUAGUUUCAAAGGUGACUAGUUUUCGGUAGCAUUUAUUUUCAAGUUUGCCUUUGCAGAACACCUGCCGCCAACACAUUAUUAUAGAGGAACCGAGUUCUAGUAGGUUCAUGGCCUAGCUUUCCUUAAAGAACAGUCAGAUCCCAAAGUAUCUUUGGAAAUAAGGCGGUGUUAAAUUUUAAGUGAAUUUGGAUAGUUACAUCUUUGUAAUAACCCUUUUAGAAGUAAGAUUACCAAAACCUAGUUUUCUUUUUUUUUUCUUUUCUUUUCAAAUACUCAGCUUAGCAGACCAGCAGUUCCUCUGACAAAAUACUUGGUGUCCCUUUGGGAGUGCUAGGUCCGUGUCACAUAAGCACCUGUAGCAGUGAAGAAAGUCAAGGCGUAUCAGAUGUGAAGUGUUUGCCUGUUCAUGUAAAGCUUAUUGAAAUCAUGUCUCUUGUCCCUUCAUCUUUUCCAUGCUUUUCUCCUUACUUCUCCCGCCAGCCCCUCCUCCCUACCAUUUGCAGCUUACUGCUGGUAGCAGUGUUAAUAUUUGUGAAUUGAGUUCUCAUCAAGACAACCACUUGUUGAACUUGGAUGAUGAGGAGAGUAUUGUCUCUCUUCUUUAUUCCCUUCAGUGAAGUUACCUUUGUGUCAGAUGCAGCUUUAAGCCCUUUCAAUAUCACUUCCUCAUAUGGGAGAUGACACAAUCACUAAUAUUCUGGUAACUUAAACAACUGAGAUAGUAAAAGUGUUUAACAAACUAGGAUGAUUUUUCCGUAUUUGCCAAAAUCCCUGUAAAUCUUUUGUUAUCAAAUAAGUAUAUAAUAUUGUGUUGUUAAUUUAUUUUUGAUUUUCUGUAUCAUUUCAAAAACACGUUAAAGAGGGAACCAAGACUUCUUCAGAGCAGUGGAUUUAGGAGUUUGUAAAAUGUUUUAUAUGAUGCAUAUGCCAGAUGCCUGUGGUUUCUUUAUUUCCUUCCUAGAUUUGUCACUGGGUCAGCAGCUGUGGACGUAGAACUUGCAAGCCCUCUGCUGACUAUAGACCAAAAUAGCAUAAAUAGGAUUUGGUUUUGUAUAGUGGCUGGCAGCCAUUGCAUACAAUAUUAAAACCAACAGAAGGUAGAGUAUGGAAAGUCCUGUGACUUGCCUGAUAACAGCUCUGACUUAGGAGAGUCAGAGGGUUCAUCUGUCAUUCAAAAUGACACGGUUGCAUAGAUUGUCCCUGGAAAUUGACUUCGUUAAGUGAAUACCACAUUUUAGUGUCUGGUUUGGUUUGGAUAGUAGCACUUUCUGUCAUAUUGUGUGCAAUGAUCAGAGAUUUGUUCUGCUGGCCAAAGCCUCUUUCAGCAGUGCCUUGACAUCACGCUUAAAAGUUUGGCUAGAAUUUCUUGCUGGGUAUGGCCUUGAACUCUGGCAAGGAUUGACCCUUGUAACUUCCAAAUUUGCCUUCCCCUCUGGACCUCACAGUAACAGGCAAACCUUUCAGGGCCUAUCAGCUCUCAGAAGCUGUGGGCUUUCCCAGAUUUUAAAGCUGCUGCCUCAGGAACUACUCACUUCUCUCUUGGUCAGCAGGCAGAAAUAGCCAUACUAACCUUAUAGGGCUCAAAUGCAUCUUCAGGUGGCAGGGGACCGAGCAGCACGGCAGAGGCUUCCUUCACUGGGGGAAGAACUUGCUCACGGUGGGCAGUGUCCCAGGAGAGACCACAUCGAUGGUCACCUGUUGGCACAUUUCACUUCCAUUUCCUCUUGUUAAAACUGCCUCCUUAGCUGUGGAUGCCUUAAUGUUCUCACAUAUUUGAAAACAUUGGCAAUACUGAAGUCGCUGCCAUUAUUAUUACAAGUGGAAUAACUGGCGACCAAAGAGAUGCAAUUAGUAGUAAAAAGUAUGGUCCUUCUUCCUCAUAACCAAAGUUAAUCUUGACUGUAAUUUGACUCCCUUUCCUUGGUAGGGAUAGACUUUCUUCAGAUUCCGAAUAUUCUCAUAAAUGGCAAAUUGAGUUGAAAAAUAUUACUGAUCCAUUCCCCUCACUUGUUCUCCAGGGAAUCGCUUAUCCAUCCGUUUCCCUGAAACAGUGACGAUCCAGGACCGGCAGUUUUCCUGUGCAUGCCAUUGCCAAGGUCCUUCUUUUAUGCAAAGGUUCUGCACCGGAGUGUAGAGAGUUGGAAGUGGUACCACCUAUAGAGGCUACGUGUUCUCUCUUCCUACCCCUCAUCUCCAUCACCUUUUUAUUUCCCUAUUUGAAACAGCUGAGUUAGCCCUGUUCCUGUAUUUUGAAUCAUUAGAAAAAAAGAGAGGUGACCAUUUUGAGUGGUCAGUUUUUUGUAGAAAGGAGAAAAUGUAAUUGUGGUUUUUACUGGCCUUCUUCUAAGUGUCACUGCCUGGUUUUUCUCUUUUUCAAGAAUUAGACCUAGGAGGACACACCAGCAUCAGAGUGUAUUAAGCCCUCAGACAUAUGGUAGCUGGGUACUGAACACAGGAACUAUAUGUCAACAGCACAAGCGCCCAAAGGAGGUUCCUACCUUUCGGGCGCCUGGGCCCUUUGGGAGAUCAAGAAUAAUGACCCGAUUCCUCCAAAACUGCUACAGUGCCAGGUGUUCUUCAGGGGAACCUUCUUUACAUUAGAAAAUGUCUGCUCAAUAUAGAAUGGUCCACAUGACUCAAAGAGCACUGUUGGGGAUGCUGUGAAAUUAAAACCAAUGAUGUGGCCCCUUUGUAGCUGAGACCUCUAGAUUCACCUGAGGGAAAUCUGUGGCUUGUGGCAAAGGACUAGACAACCAUUAGGAAUUCUCUAGAUGUUCUCAGCUUAACAUAAAGAGAUUGGCUUUGAUCUUUUUUCUAAUAGCAUCUUCUAGCAAGUUGGAAGUCUCAUGGGAUAACACUGCAGUUCUCCUGGUUCAGUAGCCUGAAUAGUGAUUUUAAAUGUCUCUUUUUCUGGAUCCUUUGUAAACAUGAAAUCAUUCCAUGGAUGGCUGCCUUAUAAUUUUGUCUGUUUCCACUUUGUGAAUGGUUAAAAAACUUUUUUUUGCUGUUUUCCGAUUUGUUUUAUGAUAUUAAAUUUUUAUUAGUGCAUA